GUGACUCAGCCACAUGCGCACUUUCGGGCCCUAGUGUUCUGCUUGGUUUUUGAAAGCCCACACCAAAUAUUCUAACCCACCUCAUCGACACCAGCCAAAUCGACCGGUAACUCGACAACACCGUCAAAAUGCCGAGCCACAAGACCUUCCGUGUCAAGCAGAAGCUUGCUAAGGCCCAGAAGCAGAACAGGCCUAUCCCCCAGUGGAUUCGCCUCCGCACUGGCAACACCAUCCGCUACAACGCCAAGCGUCGCCACUGGCGCAAGACCCGUCUCGGCCUCUAAAUGCUCUCACGAUUCUUCCAUAUUCCACCCCCAACGAUGGUCUUCUUUUCCUGGUUGCUCUGAUCCACCUCCAUUUUUCGAAAACUGGAGCUUGGGAAUGCGACCUAUGACGGCAACCUUCUUCUCUCGGCCUUUGUCCUACGAAAUUAAACCGAUAACGAAAUCUUCCCGACCUCCCGCUACGGAGUUGUUUUGCUAGGGCGAAGUCACCGAUCACCAGCAAGCACGAAGGAGAAGCGGGCAAGGGCAACCAGGAAGCAAAUACCGGAAGAUGAUGUGAUCACAACCAAGUUCUGGCUCGGCGGCGGUCGGUUCUCAGCUGUGUUCUUUCGGCGGGGGGAAAUAUCCUGGAACUCGAUCCUUGUUUUGGGGGAACGUAAACUUUCGGAGUACUAUGCUUUCACGGCAAACAUUUAGAAGGACGGUUACUGGGGGAAUUAGGAUCUGAAAUGAGAGAAAACGUGGUGCACGAGAGUUGAUUCCCAUAUUUGUUCUACCCAUGUUCUCGGAACUGUGCUACAAAAUCGGUCUAUGUACCAUGUCGUGUGCGCAUUAUAUCAAGGUCUGUGACACCGAGGGGGCUUGAUCAAAAGACGUGGGCAAUGUCCAAAUCAGCCCGCCUACGUUCCAUCAACGACUUCUGUACCCUUGGCUUGUAUAAAGCGAGUAAAAAUGAGCCAUGAUAUACAACUUGGGUAAGCUCCCUCCUAGUCUCUCUGCAA